AUGUCAAAUAAUGUUGCCUAUACCCCUUUUCCUGGCUCUGAUGGUAAACGUAGUCCAUUAGCUACUACAAAUACCAUAAUUUCUCCUGUUCCCAUGAAUUCUAUUUGGAUUGAUGAAGAUGAAGAUGAAGAUAUUGAUUUAGCUUACAUUAAUAAUCAACUAGAUUCUUUGAAUCUUAAAGAUAAAGCAUAUAUCAAACCCAAUACUAUUACUCUUUCUGAAACAAAGCAAUUUAAAAAAAAUGACAUUCCUAAAUCAUCAAAUAAAACCUGUACUAAAUACAAAGAAAAUGAAACACAUACUUCUCUAAGUAGAACCCUUACUAAUAUGACCACUUCUACGUGCCCAUACAACCACGGUAAUGUAACUGCCACUAAAUUAUUAGCAGCAAAAAAAGAUUAUCAGGAAAUCUUAAAUAAAUCAUUAUUAGAAAACCAAUCACUCAUAGACGCUGUUAAUGCUGGUGGGAAAAAAAGACACAUUUCUUUGAGUGAAAUGGGACCCACCAAUUGCCCAUUUCUAAAUGGUAUCUAUGUGUGUCAUACUAAAGUUAAAGGUACUAAAUCAUAUUUAAAAAAAAAGGUCACCAAUACUAUUUCAGGCAAAAAAACAGAUAAUAAUAACAACAAAAAUAUUCCUCAUAUUAAUAGUAUUAAUAAUAGAAAUAGUAAUGCGCGUCCAAAAAAACAGCCUAUAUCCCAACCAUAUGAAUUUAAUCAUGUUUCUCACCUGGAACACAGUGACCAUACAACUUCCAGCAACAAUAAUAAGGAUUCUACAACAAAAUUUCGCCCCAUUACCGCCACUAGUAGCACUGACGCUACAUCUUCCAUUGGCAAGAGUACUUAUUUGUCGUCUACUUUUGAUACCAGUGUUGGUCCUAAUCAUAAAAAUUAUAAAUUUUUUGACGAUAACUACGAUUUCGAUGAUGAUCAGCUUUCACUUUCCUCCGAAUUUACCAAUUUAGAUAACGACUCUGUUGCUUCUAGCAACACCUAUAUGAUUAAUCGUCAUGGUAAUAUUGUGAUAAAUAAUAAAAAUACUGUUUUUCCUACUAAAAUUAAAAUCCAAAAUAAAACUCCUCCUCGCAAUACCAGAACUAAAAAAUCUUGUCCGAAUACCAACAAUAAUGACGCUAUGAAAGAUAGACUUUCUAAUUGUAUUCACAAGUUAUCUAGUUUAGAAAAUUUUCAUCUAAAACAACAAUCAGAAAAUGAACAGGAACGUGAAAAGCAGAAUGGUUUCAGUGAUACUCGUAGUACUAGCAAUUCUAGCAGCGGUAGUUCACCAAUUAGGUACAAUACUACACCACCAAUAAACUAUAAUGGUACCAAGAAGCCAUAUGAAAUACCAGAUUCUGGUAUUUCCAGCAACAAAAGUAGCAUUAGCAAUAAAUCCCAUGGUUUGAAAACGCCGCAAACAACUAAACUCACGGAUACUAGCAGUAGCGUCCAAAAAUACGUUAGCUCUAAUAGCGCUCCGCAUCCUAUUCCUGCAAAUGGCGAUAUAUCUAAAUGUCCAUAUCAUGCAAUGUUAUUGGCUAGACAACUGGAAAAAUCUGAGGCGGAUCUAACAUCAGACAGCGCUACAAUAUCAGCCGAUGACUCUUUAAAUAGUGAUUUUUUUAAAAAUUAUGAGGUUUCAACUAUUUUCACUGAAAAAUCAAAUGCUAACUCUGAUCCGAGUAAAAACGAUAAUGUUUCCUCCAACGCUUCUAAUCACAAUAGUCACAAUACAAAAGUUGGAGAUAAAGAGCAUCUUGGUGAUGAUCCUGAUACUGAAGAUAGUAGCGAUGUAGAAACCGAAUUUUCCGUUAAUAUUAAUAGUAUUUAA